AUUCCUCGUCAUAAAGGCAUUAUCUAUUGUGUUGUGACAAACAUUGUAAUAAACAAGUUUAUCCAGUCUUUUUUAAGAGUCAUUCACUUUGUGGAAUAACACGAUUAUUUGUAUUAUUGAGUGAUAUUUUUUCGGAUUUGGAAAAUUACCGAAUUAUUUUUUGACAUCAACUUGCUCUAGUGUAGAAGUCUAACGUGACAAAUCACGAACUAGUUAUGUUUCGGAUUCCAAAGUCUACAAUGUCUACAACUCUUUCAACGAUUAAUUCAAAACCUUCUACUCAAACACGUAAAUGUUUGUAUGCAUCAUUUGAAUGUUUACAACCUUGCCAUGAAGGAUAUUCAUACUGUUUAAGGCACAUUCUUGAAGAUCCAAAUGCUCCUUUUAAACAAUGUGCUUUCAUAUAUAAUUCAAAUGGGAGAAAAUGUCAGAACCCAGCACCCAAACUUGACAAAAGAGAUACUUCAUACUGUAUAGAACAUACAAGGAAAGCACAAAUUGCUCGUAUUAAAUCAACGUCACGUCAUUCAUUACCACAAACGCCUGAAAUAUUACUAUUAAAUUUGAAUCACUAUGUAAAGCCAACUGAUUCAAGUACAGAGGAUACUGAAGAUGAAGAAAAUAAAGUUAAAGCAUUAGAUCCUUUUAAUGAAAUUGAUGCUUAUAGAGUGAAUGCAAGUGGGUGUGACAUUUUAGAUUAUGCUAGCUCCUCCGAUAGUGAUGUUGAACCUACGACAGUAAGUGAUACUUUAAAAAAUGCUUGUCUUGAUGACAGUGAUAAUGAAAGUUUACAUAGCCCACAAGAAGAUCCAUUGAAUAUUAAUUUUUUAAGGCAUGCUGGAAUAUUUACGGCAGAGGAGGUAAUUUAUAUUGCAAGAGAAAAAUUAAUCCGCCUUCAGUCACUUUACAUAGAUCAAUUUAGGAGAUUGCAAUAUACAUUAAGAGAGAGGAGACGCAAAUAUUUACAUGGUUUAAAAAAAGAAAAAGAAACUGUAUGUAGUAUACAUGAUCAACCAAAAGAAACAGCAAGGGAGAAAAAAAUAUAUGAAAAAUUAAAAGCAUUAAAUCGGUAUCAUAGACGUAGUGGCACAGAAGCUGUACUUUAUAGGAAAUCUUUAGAACGUCGAGCGCAGGUAUCAGAGGGACCAACGCAAAAGCCACCAAAUAUAUCCAAAUGUAUAUUUACAGAAGGUGGUGUAAAAUGUGGCGAAAGAACACUUCCUUCUGCUAAACAUUGUCGUAAACAUAUUCUUAAGGAUCAACACCAAGUUUUAUUUAAAGCUUGUGGUGCAGUACAUGCUGAUAUUGAAUGUCAUGAACCUAUACCAGUUAUAUUUGAUUCCAAUUGUAUAUUUCAUAUGAACUUACCACAACAAUGUAAAUUAGAACCAAUGAAAUUUGAAGAAGAAAAAUCUACUAUACAAGAAUUAUCGAUGAUUGAUAAUCAAUCCAUGGAAAUUGAUGUAGUUGGUGAAACUCAAGAGAUAGAUCCAGAUGAUGAUAUGGCUGGAUUAAUGAGAGAAAUGAAUGAUACUAGUCACAUGAAACCAACAUUCAAUGAAAGUUUGAACAGUGAAGCUAGUACUGAUACAGCAUUUAGUUUAUCAGCCCAAAUGAGUGACAAGGAUGAACUAAUUUCAAUGUGACAUGAGUUUUUAUAUUAAUUUGUAGUCAUUAUUGUAUUAUAUAACAUUCAUAUUAAGCAUAUAUUUGGGUUUAAUCUUUAUAAUUAACAGCAUAAUAAUUUUAUUUAUAUAGAAAUAAAUAAGCUUUUAUGUUUCAUCUUCAAUCAUUUGUUCUACUAACAGUGAAUGUAAUAUAUAUUCACUGCUAAGUUUGUACAUAUUCCUAUUAAUAAUCUUAACAAGUGUAUAUAAUUAGUAAGUAUAAUAAUAAAUUAUUGCAAAUGUGUAUUUCAAA